AUUCUACAACGGAUUCAUUAACAUCGGAGAAAAAGACAACGGUUGAUGCUACUACUAAAGAAUCAACAACCGAAGAGAAGACAACUGAUCAUAUAACAACCGCUGAAUCAAUAACGAUAGAGAAAACAACACUAUAUGACACCACUGUGGAACAAACAACGGCGCAGAGCACAACGGUAAUUAUAACAACUGAAGGAUUAACAACGAAAGACAAAACAUCUACAGUCGAUGGAACAACUGAAGAGUCCACAACUGAAAUAGAAACAACUGUAGAUUCUACAACGGAUUCACUAACAACGGAGGAAAAGACAACGGUUGAUGCUACUACUAAACAAUCAACAACCGAAGAGAAGACAACUGUUUAUAUAACAACCGCUGAAUCAACAACGAGAGAGAAGACAACACCCUAUGACACCACUGUGGAACAAACGACGACGCAGAGCACAACGGUUGAUAUAACAACUGGAGGAUUAACAACGAAAGAUAACAUAUCUACUGUCGAUGCAACAACUGAAGAAUCCUCAACUGAAAUAGAAACAACUCUAGAUUCUACAACGGAUUCAUUAACAACGGAGGAAAAGACAACGGUUGAUGCUACCACUAAACAAUCAACAACCGAAGAGAAGGCAACUGUUCAUAUAACAACUGCUGAAUUAACAACGAAAGAGAAGACAACAUCCUAUGACACCACUGUGGAACAAACAACGACGCAGAGCACAACGGUUGAUAUAACAACUGAAGGAUUAAAAACGAAAGACACAACAUCUACAGUCGAUGCAACAACUAAAGAAUCCACAACUGAAAGAGAAUCAACUGUAGAUUCUACAACGGAUUCAUUAACAACGGAGGAAAGGACAACGGUUGAUGCUACUACUAAACAAUCAACAACCGAAGAAAAGACAACUGUUCAUAUAACAACCGCUGAAUCAACAACGGAAGAAAAGACAACACCCCAUGACACCACUGUGGAACAAACAACGACGCAGAGCACAACGGUUGAUAUAACAACUGAAGGAUUAACAACGAAAGACAAAACAUCUACUGUCGAUGCAACAACUGAAGAAUCCACAACUGAAAUUGAAACAACUGUAGAUUCUACAACGGAUUCAUUAACAACGGAGGAAAAGACAACUGUUGAUGCUACUAUUAAACAAUCAACAACCGAAGAGAAGACAACUGUUCAUAUAACAACCGCUGAAUCAACAACGAAAGAGAAGACAACACCCUAUGUCACCACUGUGGAACAAACAACGACGCAGAGCACAACGGUUGAUAUAACAACUGAAGGAUUAACAACGAAAGACACAACAUCUACAGUCGAUGCAACAACUGAAGAAUCCACAACUGAAAUAGAAAGAACUGAAGAUUAUACAACGGAUUCAUUAACAACGGAGGAAAAGACAACGGUUGAUGCUGCUACUAAACAAUCAACAACCGAAGAGAAGACAACUCCCACUGUGGAACAAACAACGACGCAGAGCACAACGGUUGAUAUAACAACUGAAGGAUUAACAACGAAAGACAAAACAUCUACAGUCGAUGCAACAACUGAAGAAUCCACAACUAAAAUAAAAACAACUUUAGAUUCUACAACGGAUUCAUUAACAUCGGAGAAAAAGACAACGGUUGAUGCUACUACUAAAGAAUCAACAACCGAAGAGAAGACAACUGAUCAUAUAACAACCGCUGAAUCAACAACGAUAGAGAAAACAACACUAUAUGACACCACUGUGGAACAAACAACGGCGCAGAGCACAACGGUUGAUAUAACAACUGAAGGAUUAACAACGAAAAACACAACAUCUACAGUCGAUGCAACAACUGAAGAAUCCACAACUAAAAUAAAAACAACUGUAGAUUCUUCAACGGAUUUAUUAACAUCGGAGAAAAAGACAACGGAAAAGACAACGGUUGAUGCUACUACUAAACAAUCAACAACCGAAGAGACGACAACUGUUCAUAUAACAACCGCUGAAUCAACAACGAAAGAGAAGACAACACCCAAUGACACCACUGUGGAACAAACAACGACGCAGAGCACAACGGUUAAUAUAACAACUGAAGGAUUAACAACGAAAAACACAACAUCUACAGUCGAUGCAACAACUGAAGAAUCCACAACUGAAAUAGAAACAACUGUAGAUUAUACAACGGAUUCAUUAACAACGGAGGAAAAGACAACGGUUGAUGCUACUACUAAACAAUCAACAGCCGAAGAGAAGACAACUGUUCAUAUAACAACUGCUGAAUCAACAACGAAAGAGAAGACAACACCCUAUGACACCACUGUGGAACAAACAACGACGCAGAGCACAACGGUUGAUAUAACAACUGAAGGAUUAACAACGAAAGACACAACAUCUACAGUCGAUGCAACAACUGAAGAAUCCACAACUGAAAUAGAAACAACUGUAGAUUCUACAACGGAUUCAUUAACGUCGGAGGAAAAGACAACGGUUGAUGCUACUACUAAAGAAUCAACAACCGAAGAGAAGACAACUGAUCAUAUAACAACCGCUGAAUCAACAACAAAAGAGAAGACAACACCCUAUAGCACCACUGAGGAACAAACAACGGCGCAGAGCACAACGGUAGAUAUAACAACUGAAGGAUUAACAACGAAAGACAAAACAUCUACAGUCGAUGCAACAACUGAAGAAUCCACAAGUAAAAUAGAAACAACUGUAGAUUCUACAACGGAUUCAUUAACAACGGAGGAAAAGGCAACGGUUGAUGCUACUACUAAACAAUCAACAACCGAAGAGAAGACAACUGUUCAUAUAACAACCGCUGAAUCAACAACGAAAGAGAAGACAACACCCUAUAGCACCACUGAGGAACAAACAACGGCGCAGAGCACAACGGUAGAUAUAACAACUGAAGGAUUAACAACGAAAGAAAAAACAUCUACCAUCGAUGGAACAACUGAAGAGUCCACAACGGAUAUAGAAACAACUGUAGAUUCUACAACGGAUUCAUUAACAACAGAGGAAAAGACAACAGUUGAUGCUACUACUAAACAAUCAACAACCGAAGAGAAGACAACUGUUCAUAUAACAACCGCUGAAUCAACAACGAAAGAGAAGACAACACCCUAUGACUCCACUUUGGAACAAACGACGACGCAGAGCACAACGGUUGAUAUAACAACUGAAGGAUUAACAACGAAAGACAAAACAUCUACAGUCGAUGCAACAACUGAAGAAUCCACAACUAAAAUAGAAACAACUGUGGAUUCUACAACGAAUUCAUUAACAACGGAGGAAAAGACAACGGUUGAUGCUACUACUAAACAAUCAACAACCGAAGAGAAGACAACUGUUCAUAUAACAACCUCUGAAUCAACAACGAAAGAGAAGACAGCACCCUAUGACACCACUGUGGAACAAACAACGGCGAAGAGCACAACGGUUGAUAUAACAACUGAAGGAUUAACAACGAAUGACAAAACAUCUACAGUCGAUGCAACAACUGAAGAAUCCACAACUGAAAUAGAAACAACUGUAGAUUCUACAACGGAUUCAUUAACAACGGAGGAAAAGACAACGGUUGAUGCUACUACUAAAGAAUCAACAACUGAAGAGAAGACAUCUGUUCAUAUAACAACCGCUGAAUCAACAACAAAAGAGAAGACAACACCCUAUGACACCACUGUGGAACAAACAACGGCGCAGAGCACAACGGUAGAUAUAACAACUGAAGGAUUAACAACAAAAGACAAAACAUCUACCGUCGAUGGAACAACUGAAGAGUCCACAACGGAAAUAGAAACAACUGUAGAUUCUACAACGGAUUCAUUAACAACAGAGGAAAAGACAACGGUUGAUGCUACUACUAAACAAUCAACAACCGAAGAGAAGACAACUGUUCAUAUAACAACUGCUGAAUCAACAACGGGUGAUAUAACAACUGAAGGAUUAACAACGAAAGACAAAACAUCUACCGUCGAUGGAACAACUGACGAAUCCACAACUAAAAUAGAAACAACUAUAGAUUCUACAACGGAUUCAUUAACAACGGAGGAAAAAACAAUGGAUUAA